AUGCUCUUGUGGAUCUUUGUCUGGGACGACGAAAUUGAUAUGGGAGAAGGGUUCACGUGCACCGCCACAAAUCACGAGGAUGCUAGGGAUUACUGCAGCCGCUCCCUCCGCCACGUUGAGGAAGUGUUCGACCCAGGCAUGGCCCAUUCUAGCUCAGCCGGUCCUAAUGCCAUGAAGAUAUUCGAUCGCCUGAGCGAACAACUACGCAUCAACAUGAGCAGUGACCAAACAAGGCGAUUUGCCCACACCAUCAAGACAUUUAUCGAACAAGCAGCCGUCGAGCAAAUGGGGAACUCUGGUGGACACCACCUGCCCAAUUUUGAUAACUAUAUGAACCUGCGCCUAGACACUUCUGCUAUUGGUCCGGGCUUGGCGAUCUGCGAGUAG